CGAAAGCAUCACCAGAACCGAAGACAAGCGAGGAGGCACGAAGCAUGUCUCCGGAUUUCAGUUGCGCGUGCACGUGGCCCAGGUGUGGGGCUCACAGGUCUCUGGGAUAAACGUGCACGGGACAGCAGUUGGUAUGCUCGCACACUUGGCUCGUCUUGGGCGACGUGGCUCCACAACCAGGCAGGCGUAAAGAUGGCUUCAUUCGGCUUGCUCCUGCUCCCCGCCCUGCUUUCCAGCCUCCUGGUGCUCUCCCGCGGCAUCGGCAUCCACGAGCGCGCCGCCGUCCCGCGCGCCGUGUCCCGCUCCGUGGCACGGAUGGACGGGGACGUGAUCAUCGGCGCGCUCUUCUCGGUGCACCACCAGCCGUCGGCGGAAAAAGUGGCGGAGAGGAAGUGCGGCGAUGUCCGUGAGCAGUACGGCAUCCAGCGAGUGGAGGCCAUGUUUCAUACAUUGGACCGCAUCAAUGCAGAUCAGAAUCUGCUCCCCAACAUCAGCCUCGGGUGCGAGAUCCGGGACUCCUGCUGGCACUCCUCCGUGGCGCUGGAGCAGAGCAUCGAGUUUAUCCGGGACUCCCUCAUCUCCAUCAGAGACGACAAGGACGGUUCCAAAUGGUGCGUUGACGGCACGCACUCCAACCAGCCGCCGCCUACCAAGAAGCCCAUCGCCGGAGUCAUUGGACCCGGGUCUAGCUCUGUGGCCAUCCAGGUGCAGAACCUGCUACAGCUCUUCAACAUCCCGCAGAUCGCCUACUCUGCCACUAGCAUCGACCUGAGUGACAAGACUCUGUUCAAGUACUUCCUGAGGGUCGUGCCCUCUGACACGUUGCAGGCCCGAGCCAUAUUGGACAUUGUCCAGCGCUACAACUGGACCUACGUGUCUGCCGUGCACACUGAAGGGAACUAUGGCGAGAGUGGGAUGGAGGCCUUUAAGGAGCUGGCCUCUCAGGAGGGCCUAUGCAUAGCCCACUCGGACAAGAUCUACAGCAACGCCGGCGAGAAGCAGUUUGAUCGCCUUUUGAGGAAGCUCCGUGAGCGCCUGCCCAAAGCCCGCGUGGUAGUGUGCUUCUGCGAAGGCAUGACAGUCCGCGGGCUCCUCAUGGCCAUGCGGCGACUGGGGGUGUACGGGGAGUUCCUCCUGAUCGGCAGUGAUGGAUGGGCCGACCGUUACGAAGUGGUGGAGGGCUACGAGCUGGAAGCCAAGGGAGGAAUCACCAUGAAGUUGCAGUCCGAAGUGGUCAAGUCCUUCGACAACUACUACCUGAAGCUGCGUCUGGACACCAACCUUAGGAAUCCUUGGUUCUCAGAGUUCUGGCAGUACCGCUUCCAGUGCCGUCUGCCUGGUCAUCCUCAGGAGAACAAGAACUACAAGAAAGUCUGCGCCGGAAAUGAGAGUCUGCACGAAAACUACAUACAGGACAGCAAGAUGGGCUUUGUCAUCAAUGCCAUCUACGCCAUGGCCCACGGCCUCCAUGACAUGCACAGUGAGCUUUGUCCCAGCCAGACGGGACUCUGCGAGGCUAUGGACCCCAUCGACGGCAGCAAGCUUCUCGACUACCUGCUUAAGACGUCCUUCAGAGGCGUCUCGGGAGAGGAUAUCUACUUUGACGAAAACGGAGACACCCCUGGAAGGUAUGACAUCAUGAAUCUACAGAAUGUGGAUGACGCCCGCUAUGACUACAUCAAUGUCGGCUCCUGGCAUGAGGGCAUCCUGAACAUGGAUGACAGCAAGCUGUGGAUGAACAGCAGCGACAUGGUGCGAUCCGUCUGCAGCGACCCCUGUUCCAAAGGACAAAUAAAGGUGAUCAGGAAAGGUGAGGUGAGCUGCUGCUGGAUCUGCACCACUUGCAAAGAGAAUGAGAUUGUCCAGGAUGAAUUCACCUGCAAGGCCUGCGACUUGGGAUGGUGGCCCGAUGAUGACUUGGCAGGCUGCCAGCCUCUGCCUCUCAAGUAUCUCGACUGGGCAGAUGUGGAAUCCAUUGUCGCCGUGGUGUUCUCCUGCGUGGGCAUCCUCAUCACCUCCUUUGUCACCUUCAUCUUCAUCCAGUACCGCGACACUCCCGUGGUGAAGUCGUCCAGCCGGGAGCUCUGCUACAUCAUCCUGGCGGGCAUAUUCUUGGGCUACAUAUGUCCGUUCACCUUGAUUGCCCGGCCCACCGUGGCGUCUUGUUACAUGCAGCGCCUCCUUGUGGGUUUGUCAUCAGCAAUGUGCUACUCGGCGCUGGUGACCAAGACCAAUCGCAUUGCUCGCAUCCUGGCAGGCAGCAAGAAGAAGAUCUGCACCCGGAAGCCACGCUUCAUGAGCGCCUGGGCACAGGUAAUCAUCGCCUUCAUGCUGAUCAGUGUCCAGCUCAUUCUGGAGAUCACGCUCAUUAUUCUGGAGCCGCCUGAACCCGUCAAGUCAUACCCCAGCAUACGUGAGGUCUACCUCAUCUGCAAUACCAGCAACAUUGGCAUGGUAGCACCACUGGGCUACAACAGCCUACUCAUCAUGAGCUGCACCUAUUACGCCUUCAAGACGCGGAACGUCCCAGCCAAUUUUAACGAAGCUAAAUAUAUUGCCUUCACUAUGUACACAACCUGCAUCAUCUGGCUAGCCUUUGUACCCAUCUACUUUGGCUCCAACUACAAGAUCAUCACCACCUCCUUUUCAGUCAGCCUCAGCGUCACCGUGGCACUAGGCUGCAUGUUCACUCCCAAGAUGUACAUUAUUAUUGCCAAGCCGGAGAGGAACGUCCGAAGCGCCUUCACCACCUCUGACGUGGUUCGAAUGCACGUCGGCGACGGGAAGUCUGCUGCAGCCUGCGGCACCAACAGCUUCCUCAAUAUGUUCCGCAAGAAGAAGCCUGGAUCUGGCAACGCAAAUUCUAAUGGCAAGUCUGUGUCAUGGUCUGAAUCAGGUGCAAGACACCCUCCUCCCAAGGGGGGGAAUGUGUGGCACAGACUGUCUGUGCAUGUGAGGAAACAGGAAGCCGGCUUGAAUCAGACGGCGGUCAUCAGGCCCCUAACUAACACCCCCGACCCCCACAGUUGUGAGCCCUCCCCCCGCGACCUUGGCACAGACCCUCGCCCCCCUCGAGAAACGCCACACGUCAGGCCCCCGCCCGACCCCCUGGAGGAAGACGACAAGGGGCGCCCCUUUUACGCUGACCCCGGAGAAGGGGCGCAAGGGCCGGCUUCUUAUUUGCUCCCGCGCACUCAGGGGCCCCUGGUGGAAACACACUGCUCCCACGUCCCUGCACGCAUUGAGCCUGCCAAUGAGCCUUUGAGCUCAACACAGCCUCCUUUGGCCCCAAAAGGGCGACCAUUUGAGGAAUCCAACUACGAGGAGCUGAACCUUUUGCACGAAUACAUUUACGACGCCAAGGAGGAACGGGCCAGGGGCUUACCUCGCAACAUGGAGGACACACUUGCUCUGUCCCCACCCUCCCCCUUCAGAGACUCCGUGUGUUCAGAGGAGUCCACCCCCGAGUCCCCCACCCUGGAGUCCAUGCUCGGGGGUCCCAACACCGCUAACAUCCUCCGAGACUUUGCACACAGCUCCUCAACACUGUGAGAAGCAAAAAAAAAAAAAAAAAGCACACUUUCUGUUUUACUUUUAUUUCUUCUAUUUCUUUCAUUCUUUGCUUGCUCGUGUUUUUAGUUACGGCUCCGUUAAAAGUCAGCACACAGCCUAACAACAACGACUGUGCCAAAAGUCAGCAGCUCUCAUGCCAAGUUCUCUUGCAGGAUCACACAAAGGUUUACGGACACCACGAGGUCUGAUCUUGAUCGCAUACUGUAGUAAAACUUGUAAUUAGGACGCUUACAACAAACUCAACAAAGGUUUCCGCCCAGGCCAGGGAAAUUACAAAACCCAAAACCAGUGAAGUUGGCACGUUGUGUAAAUCGUAAAUAAAAACAGAAUACAAUGAUUUCCAAAUCAUUUUCAACUUAUAUUCACUUGAAUAGACUGCAAAGACAAGAUAUUUCAUGUUAGAGACUGAGAAACUUUUUUUUGUUGCAGAUAAUCAUUAACUUAGAAUUUAAUGGCAGCAACAUGUUGUACCAUUGUGUUACUUGGACUUUCUUUUUAACAACACUCAUUAAAUGUUUGGGAACUGAGGAGACCAAUUUUUGAAGCUGGAAUUCUUUCCCAUUCUUGCUUGAUGUACAGCUUAAGUUGUUUAACAGUCCGGCGUCUCUGUUGUGGUAUUUUAGGCUUCAUAUUGCGCCACACAUUUUCAAUGGGAGACAGGUCUGGACUACAGUCAGGCCAGUCUAGUACCUGCACUCUUUUACUAUGAAGCCACGCUGUUGUAACACGUGGCUUGUCAUUGUCUUGCUGAAAUAAGCUGGAGCAUCCAUGAUAACGUUGCUUGGAUGGCAGCAUAUGUUGCUCCAAAAUCUGUAUGUACCUUUCUGCAUUAAUGGUGCCUUCACAGAUGUGUAAGUUACCCAUGCCUUGGGCACUAAUACACCCCUCAUACCAUCACAGAUGCUGGCUUUUGAACUUUUGAACCUAGAACAAUCCGGAUGGUUCUUUUCGUCUUUGUUCCGGAGGAUACAAAAUCCACAGUUUCCAAAAACAAUUGGAAAUCUGGACUUGUCAGACCACUGAACAUUUUUCCUCUUUGCUUCAGUCCAUCUCAGGUCCAGCGAAGCCUGGGGCGUUUCUGGGUGUUGAUGAUAAAUGGCUUUGGCUUUGCAGAGUAGAGUUUUAACUUGCACUUACAUUUAUAGCGAUGAACUGUAGUUACUGACAGUGGUUUUCUGAAGUGUUCCUGAGCCCACAUGAUGAUAUCCUUGACACACUGAUAUCGCUUUUUGAUGCAGUACCGCCUGAAGGAUCGAAAGUCCAUAAUAUCAUCGCUUACGUGCAGUGAUUUCUCCUGAUUCUCUGAAACUUUUGAUGACAUUCCGGACCGUAGAUGAGUGUUUGAUGAGCACUCCUCAAAUUUCUCAAGUCUUUUUUGCCACUUGUGCCAGCUUUUUUUUUUAAAUGUUGCAGGCAUCAAAUUCCAAAUGAGCUAAUAUUUGCAAAAAAUAACAAAGUUUUCCAGUUCGAACGUAAAGUAUCUUGUCUUUGAAGUCCAUUCAAUUGAACAUAGGUUGAAAAAGAUUUGCAAAUCUUUGUAUUCUGUUUUUAUUUACGAUUCACACAACAUGCCAACUUUACUGGUUUUGGGUUUUGUACAAUUUUGGUAAACAUCUGGAUAAAAUCCACAAAACACAGAGUAACUGCUUGGCAGCAGACACAUAACUCAAUGAUUUGUCACUAUUUUACAGUUGUGUUAUGAUAUUUGCUUAUAUCGUUUAGUUACUCAGUUGCAGAGAGUGCCAGGUCUCUAUUAAGGGUAAAGCAUUUGUUAUCCAGAGGAAAACGCUUUUUUCCACCCCAAUAUUUCAGUCCAGUGUAUGUAUUUAUUUGUGGGAAGAAUAUAAAAUUAAAAUAAGAUGAAACAAUAUAUGGUGCAGUAAUACAAUUAAAACAUAUAUAUAUAAGGCAUUUUCCAGUGAUUAAUUGAGGUGUGGCUUCUAUUAGUAAUGUGGCCAGUAUUUGAGGAAAUACUGCAUGCUCAUAGUAAGAUUGCUAAAUAUGACACAUCUAAUUGUGGCCUAGGACUUUAACACUUUUCUGUUAAAGAAGAAAAUCACUGAGGAAAAAAUAGAUGUAGAAUGAAAACCAAAACCUUCUAAAACGUUGUUGAUAUUUGAAAAACAACACAUAUAAAAGCUUAAAAAGUUUGUCCCAGUUUUGUAUCGCUUGACAAAUCGCACAAACCAGUCUGGAGGAUAUUUUGUUCCUUUUUUUGCCUUUUUGAAAUGUAUUUAUUUUCAAACACCGCGCUAGCUGCCCCUCAUUGCAAUUCAAACACCAAGCGAUGAUUUUAGUUUCAACAAAAGAAAAAGUUAGCAGGUUGAAUGCUAGUUCUGCUGUGUUUCUCUGCGCUGUAUGUAGACAUGACGUGCCAAAUUCCAGUUGUUUGUGCGUCCACAAGAAUACGAGCAUGGGAGGACAAACGCUACAGUAAUCUGGGGUAUUUUUCCUCAUCUUUUCUGCUGUGUCACUGUAACGCAAAAAAAGACCGAAAAAAAAAAAUCAAAAAAAAAAAAAAAACACAGUACUUGUACUUUGUAUUACUGUUAAACCAUCUCUUUUUUUUCACACAGGUGGUAUGUUUGUAAUACGGAUAAAUGUUUCUAUAUUUAGAAUGUCGACAGUCAAAGAAAAACAAAAAACGUUUUUACAUUUUGUCUUGUGUUUGCUUUUCUGGAGGGGCUAACUUUUAAGCUGACUUGUUUAAAGUAACCAAUGACUAGUUGCUUCUUGUUAUGACAUAUAUUUAAUUCUACUUUUCUCAGUUAGAAUGCACAUUAUUUCCAAGUAUAAGACUAUAUACAGUACAUAGUGCCAGUGUAUUGAAUUUCCAAAUGUUUAUCAUGGUAGAUUUUGUUCGAUGAUUUACAGCUGAUGUAAAAAAGUAACAGGGUGCCAUGUCGAACAAGCAUAAAACGAAACAGGCCUUUAUGUUUAAGUUGAACGGGGCUGUCCAAUAAAACAACCUUUAUACUGAAAAGUCA